GCCGUGACUCCGGCCCGCUCUCACCUAUGGUGCCCCGCGCCAGGCGGGGGGAGACUCAAAGUCUGCUUACAGAGGAACGCGAGACAGGAAGGGUGGGCCGAGGCGGGGAGAGGAAGGCCGAGGGAGGAGCCGAGGAGACGUCGCGGCUGGCGGGCGGUCCCCCACGAGGCCCUGACUUCCGCGUCCCGGCGUCCGGCGGCGCUGCCUGGCCACUAUUGCGGAUAUGGACACCGGCCUGGCCAUCCCCGUGUGGCUGGCCGAGGACGACCUGGGCUGCAUCAUCUGUCAAGGGCUGCUUACCAGGCCCGCCACGCUGCCCUGCGGCCACAGCUUCUGCCGCGACUGCCUGAAGGGCCUGUGGGCCGCGGGCAGCGCCAGCCCCCGGCGCUCCUGCCCCACCUGCCGGGAGAGCACCCCGGCGCCGCUGCACCUGCGGAAGAACACGCUGCUGCAGGAGCUGGUGGACAAGUACAGCCGGGCGCUGCGCGAGCUGGGGGCGGGUCCUGACCCCGGCCCCGCCCCUGGCCCCGCCCCCGGCCCCGCCCAGGGACGCGCCCUUGGCCCCGCGCCUGCGCCUGCGCCCCCGCGUCGCACCGCCCAGCUGCCGGCCGCAGCACAGAAGAGAAUCAUAGAAGUUGUGCGUGAGCUGGCAGAGUUGGCAGAACAGCUCGUAAACAUUGUCAAGAGUCUUCAGAGUCAAAGUGAUGUCCCUGAAUCUGGACUAGACAAUGACAGGAGCACCCUGAGCAUGAGCAUGGCUUCUUCUGGUGAGAUGGACCUUUCCUUGGCUUCUUCAAAACCAAUGACUUCCAAUACACCUGAGAGAAAAACAAGAGACAUUCUGCAUCACCUAGAAGAAAUCCAGAAAAAAUUACGAGAAAACUUCACAUGGAAAGAGCCCCUCGAAGAACAGAUGCAGGUGGAACUCCAGGAAGCUCCCCAUUCCGCUUCACGCCCGCUGCCUGGCCAGAGCCACCCAGCCCCCGAGAGGGCCUCCCGGUUUGCUCAGUGGGCCAUCAGUCCAACCUUUGACCUUCGCAGCCACUCCUGCAGCCUAACGGUGUCCAAGGAUGGCCUGGCGGUGACUGUGUCUCACUGCCCACAGACCCAUCUCUGGAAUCAUGAGAGGUUUGUGACCUGCCAGGCAUUAUGCUCCCAGGCCUUUUCUUCUGGGCGACAGUACUGGGAAGUGGACACUCAGCAUUGUAGCCACUGGGCAGUUGGGGUGGCUUCCUGGGGGAUGAAGCGUACCCAGAUCCUGGGAAGGACCAGCGACUCCUGCUGUAUAGAGUGGAAGGGGACGGGCCAGCUCUCUGCAUGGCACAUGGUCGAGGAGACUGUCCUCGGCUCAGACAGACCUACAGUGGUGGGCAUCUGGCUGGACCUGGAGGAGGGGAAACUUGCCUUCUAUUCAGUGGCUAACCAGGAGAAGCUUAUAUAUGAGUGCCCGGUCCCAGCCUCCUCUCCUCUGCACCCCGCCUUUUGGCUCUAUGGCUUAAAUCCUGGAAACGCUCUGACUAUAAGGCCAGUAAAUGUGUAAAGUUUCCCUGGAUGUCAGAACCUGGUGGUCCUGGCCUUUCAAACCAGGCCGUUGACAACAGUCCCACUUCCGGAGCUAAUGGGUGCGCCGCAAAGGGCUAACUGCAGGCUUGGGAUGGGCAGACUGCACGUUCCCGAGAGAGCAUGGGCCCUUGACUGGCUCCUGGGAGGCACCCCCUAAGCCCUUGGGGUAUCCUGGCUGAUAAGAGUGUUGUUGUUUACCUGUGGCCUUGGGCCAGGAGGUAUCAGCUUGACCUCUGGAGGGGCUGGAGACUAAAGCCUGCCCCUGUGACUGACCCCCUGGAAAAGCCUUGGGCACCAAGGCUGGGGGGUGCUUCCCUGGUUGUGAGUCCCCUUGUACAUUGUCACUAGGAGAAUUCACAUUGUCCUUGUGACUCCACCGGGAAGGAUAGUAGGUGUCUCUUGGCCUGUGUCCCAUGUGCCUUGUUCUCCCGCUGAUUUUAAUCUGUAUUCUUUUACUGUAAUAAACUGUAGCCAAAACUA